UGGACGCCAGCCUGCAAGAGCUCUUUCCAACGACCAUCAGCGACAUCAAGAAUUGUACGUAGCUUACAGAGGCGUUCCGGAUUGCAACUACACUGUUUCAAAAUGGCGGCCGCGAGUACAGCCAAGCAGGUCAUCCGACGAGCACAGCUCUAUGUACCUGGCUCGUCAAUGCGCUUCCUCGAAAAGUCUCGCGGUAUCGCAGCAGUAGACAGCAUCGCAUACGAUCUCGAAGACAGCGUAACACCCAACAAGAAACCCGAAGGCCGGCAAAAUGUCCUCGAAAUCCUCAAUCGCGACCGAGCACCUGGGAUCCGUGAACAAGCUGUGCGCAUCAAUGCUGUUGACUCAGGCUACGCGUUGGAUGAUCUGACCACAAUCCUCAAAGGCAAACAUCUCGAUUGUCUUGUCGUGCCGAAAGUCGAUGCUCCCAAGGAUUUACAUUUCGUCACGGAUGUUUUGCGACAAAUGCUCCCCGAACGCCAUGAUCCGAAAUCCGAUUCGUAUGAUCCUAUCAAGAUUGUUGCGCUCGUGGAAAGUGCUCGAUCAGUCAUGGAUUUGAACAAUAUCUGUAAAGCUUCACCAUAUCUUUCUGGCCUCACCUUCGCAGCAGAAGAUUUCGCCAUGGAUCUCAGUAUCACGCGAACACCAAGUUUACACGAAUUCUUGUACGCCCGCUCCGCGAUCGUGACAGCGGCGCGAGCGCAUAAUUUGCCUUCGGCGCUGGAUUUGGUUUCUACGACUUUCAGAGGGGAAGAGGGGAAGAAGCAGAUUCGGGAGGAGAGCGAGAAUGGAAAGAGGUUCGGGUUUAAUGGGAAACAGUGUAUUCAUCCGGAUCAGGUUGCGACUGUGCAGGAGGUUUAUAGUCCGGGGGAGAAGGAGACGGAAUGGGCUGUGAGGGUUGUGAUUUGUGAUAAGAAGGCUGAUGAGCAAGGGAGAGGGGCUUGGACUUUGGAUGGGAAGAUGAUUGAUGCGCCGGUGAGUGGGAAGGCGAGGGCGAUUGUGGCGAAGGCGGAGCUUUGUGGGUUUGAUGUUAAGGGUUUGAUGGAUAAGUUUAAGGAUGAGGAGCCGCAGUAG